AAAAGCAUAGGGUGACUACGAACUCAAGCGUAGAAGUAAAAUUCAGUUCCAUGUUAGGCGGGGAAUGGCAGUCGCCAGUGCCUGCUGUCCUCCCACCUGCCCAUCGGAUCCUCACUGUUACCUGAGCCCAUGAAACAGGUUGCUAAGUACACGCUGCAACAAUUCCUUUCCCAGCCUCGUUAUAACGCGACGGGGCGUUCCACUCAUGUCGGGGAGAGGCAAUGUUGUCAGGUUGCUCAAGACCACAACUUUUGUCUUCGUUCUAACUCCUUGAUUUUUUUUGGAAAUCUUAGUCGUAAAAAAAAAAAAAAAAAAAAAAAAAACAGGCGACGAUACAAAAGCGAGAAAGAAGAAAGACCAAAAAAUGCGCGGCAAGAAAAUGGCAGGGGAGGGGGACUGCGGCCGCGGCAGCUGUCACAAAACUGGAAAAGUAUAUGCAAGGUCGACGUUGCAGCGGCUUGAUAUAUAAGGACAAAGCUUACUUGCAAGCAUCACAGAGCCCUCUUUCCCUCCUGCAGACGACGAUGAAAACUCUUGCCCUCGUUCUUGCUCUGCUGGGCGUGGCAGCCGGCGUCCCAGGCGAGCGCCAGCGCCGGGACUCCAGCCCUCUCGUCUUCGAGCUCCCCGCCGACGCCGCCUUGGUCCUCGGGGGCAUCAACACCGGCUUCGACUGCGGGGACCUUCCCUUUGGCUACUACGCUGACCAGGCCAACAACUGCGCCCUGUACCACGUGUGUCUGCCCUACAUCGAGAACGACAUUUAUGUUACUCGCCAGUUUACCUUCAUGUGCGGCGAGGGCACCAUGUUCGACCAGGAGCGCCUCGUCUGCGACUUCCCCGAGAACUCAGUCGCCUGCAACGAGGCCACAAACUACAGGCGAGCCAACGAGUACUUCGGUCGUCUUGUCAAUUUCCUUGAGUAAAGCAUAAAGCUGUCGAAAUCAUAUA